AUGGGUGGCCUUCCCAGCGACAAAGUCACACUGCGGAUGAUGUCUGGCGAGAUUAAGGAAAUUUCCGCUACAGGAACCCUGGCAGAUCUGAGGCAGAUUGUCGCACAGUUCGCUCAGACGUGUCCGGAGUUCGUUCGAUUUCUUCAAGACGAGACGGUCCUGGCAGAGUCUGUAGAUGUGGCUUCCUUGGCUGGCAGCGAGGUGGCAGCUUUGAUCACACCCAGUGUGCCCAACUUGCUCAAGGCGCUUCGCCGGGAGGAGUUUACUUUCAGAGGGCUUAAUGAGAAGUCCACGUCGGCCAGUGCGGCCCGUGGCUUCAAUGUCCUGCAUGCAGCGGUGUUCAAAGGGAAGCUGGACAUGGUGCGAUAUCUUCUUUUGGAGGAGGAUUUUCUGGGUGUAAAUGAUGCUUGCAGCGACGGCAGCGGCUACACGGCCUUGCAUUUGGCUGCUGCCCGUGGGUUGGUGGAUGUGUGCCUGGAGCUCUUGGGAUGCCAUCGUGUCGCGCAUCAAGAUGCGCACAGCAUCAAGGAUGGCACUGCUCUCCAUAUCGCAGCACAAAGUGGCCAUACUGCUGUUCUUCAGGAAUUGCUUGACUCUGAGCAUUUCGCGGCAGUGAACUCCGUGAUUGUGGCUGAUCAGUGGCGCCAGGAUUGGCGGGAGAGAUACGGACAGACGGCAUUACAUGCCGCUGCAAGAUAUGGGCGCAAAGAAGCAGCAAAGACAUUGCUGGACCAUCCCCGCUUUACUGCAGUAGGUGCCUACACCAAGGCAUUCAAGGAUGCAGCUGCGCUGGCGGACGAAGUUGGACACGCGGAGCUCGCAGCAAUGAUCCGCAGCCAUCCGAAAGUGCAAAAGCACCGGCGAGCUCAGGCAUAG